AUUUAGCUCUGCGUGGGUCGGAGUGAAUGGUGCGACUGUUCGAUGCCCGUCGAGUUCAGUUUCCUUAGUGGGACUGUUUGAAAAUAGUUUAGCGGAGUGUUGUUGUUGAUUCGUUUGAUUUGUUGCUGAAGAGCGAUGAGGAGCCGUGACGAGAAGCAAAUUCGCCGCUCCUGCUUGAAGUAGAAUUUUCGUUUGCAGCCGGGAAAAGUGUCUCCACCCUAUACAUGAUAGCCCGGGACAAUAACAACAUGCCAAGCAACGGCAUAAAGCGACCAGGGUCAUUUAGUACAGCAGUUAAGAAGGGAUCAAAGCCGUUUCCGGUGUCCAAGUUAAGAGAGGCCAUACCUCAGUGUUUCGCAGUUGGCGCGAAAAAUCUUCUACUUCUCACCUUCGGCUCUAGCCUUGGAUAUCCCACGAUACUUAUCCCUGAGCUCCAAAAGGCCAACCCCCCAGUACCGGUCACGCUCGAUGAACUUACAUGGAUUGGAAGCAUAAACCUAUUUCUCGUGCCCCUGGGCGGCUUCGUGAGCGGCCCGGUGUCCCAAAGACUGGGCCGGCGGCGCACCAUGAUGCUAUCGACGAUCCCCUUCGUGAUCGCGUGGCUCAUCUUCUACUACGCCAAGAGCGCCAACAUGCUGUUCCUCGCCCAGGCGCUGACCGGCAUGACCGGAGGUCUCCUCGAGGCGCCGGUCUUGACUUACGUUGCCGAGGUCACGCAGCCCCACCUCAGGGGCAUGCUGUCCGCCACCUCGACUAUGGCCGUCAUCUGCGGCGUGUUCACGCAGAUGCUCACCGGCAGCCUCGUCGAUUGGCGCACUGUGGCUCUCAUCAACAUCGUCUAUCCCAUUAUUUGCUUCACGGCGCUCUACCUUGUUCCCGAAAGUCCGACUUGGCUAGCAGACAAGGGCCGUCUGCUCGAGGCCGAAAGGGCGCUGUGCUGGUUGCGCGGCUGGGUGACCCCGGAACACGUGAGGAAGGAGUUCCGCGACCUGUGCGAGACCUUCAAUAGGCCAGUCACCGUCACGACCAUCAACUCCAUCGUUCGCGAGUCCCACAGUCUGCCGAAGCAACCGCCGAAAAAAUCCUGGCACGCGUACACGGAGAGGACCUUUUACAUGCCCUUCGCCCUCGUCGCUUGGGCCUUUUUCAUCAAUGCUUUUGGUGGUAUCAUGGUACUGCAAGUGUUUGCGGUCGUUAUUCUCGACGAGCUCAAUACGCCCAUUGACAAGUACAAGGCAACGGUGAUAGUGGGAGUGGCUCAGGUCCUCGGGACGAUAAUCUGCGUGUUCAUAAUCCACUUCACGGGCAAGCGGAAGUUGUCCUUCGUCUCGGUCUUCUUCACGGGUCUGUCCCUCCUCAUGAUCUCCCUGUACGGGUUCCUGGGGACGCGGGGCACCAUCGACGAGUCGCGAUUCACUUGGAUCCCCACCAGCCUGAUGGUGUCGGCGGCCUUCUUCUCCCACAUCGGCCUGAAGAUGCUGCCCUGGAUCCUCGCGGGCGAGGUCUUUCCUCCAGAUGUGCGGAGCGUCGCCACCGGCUCGGCUGGAUCGAUCGGCUACAUAUUUUCCUCCGUGGCCAGCAAACUGUUUCUCUACAUGAAGAACGGCAUGACACUGCCCGGCACCUUCCUGUUUUACGCCCUCGUGAACUUUGCCGGUGUCGUUGGGCUGUACUUCAUGCUGCCCGAGACCGAGGGUAGGACUCUCAAGGAGAUAGAGGAGCACUUUGCAGGGGUUCAGAAGCUGCAGGACAGACCCAAGAAGGACCAGAUUGCCUGUAAGGAGAGCUGGGCCGCCGCCAAUCCUCAGCCUGUCAAGGACGACCUCGAGAGCCGGCUGUAGAACGAAGGAGGCAAGAGCUCCCUUUGAAGAUCAUUUUUUUUUUUUUCCAUACCUUUUAAAGAUUUAUGAAUGUAUAUGCCAAUGAUAGUAUUUUUUUGCGUCAGUGUAUCGUAGUUCGAGGUUCCAGGCUUGCCCUCGCUGCGAACAAUUGAAACGAUUUUUGUAUUUGAUGUAUCAACGCAGUUUGUAGGUCUGACUGAUUUUUUUUUUUUGCGCGUUGCAUGGAGCGAGUUUUAUUUUUGGUCAAUGUAGUUAAUACCUACUUUCUAUUUUAAGGAGUCUUUUAGGAUUAUUAUUAUGUGUUUUUUUAAAUGAUAAGUUGCCGUGGUAGUUUUUAAUGUUUUCCAUCAAAAAUGGACCUGAAUGGUAACUUAUUGUUCGGACCAGAGUUACUGUUUUAUUACCAACGUGGUGGUGUGGACGAAUGUUGAUUUUUUUUUUUUUUAAUAAAAUGUUUUUUCUAUCACAAGUGCAAUAGGGACACUUCUCAUUGUAACAGGUUUUUAUCUUAUCUUACUAAUAUAUAAAGCAAAAGCGCUAAAACCGUUGUAAUCGCUAACCGCGAAAACUACUGAAC